AAUAAGUGGACUUCAUAAUUAGACUCUGGUAGCAGCAUAUAAUCUUAUAAAAAUCUAGGCUUCAAUUUUGAAGAUUAAGCCCAUUUAAGGUUCUGAGAUCAAAACCAGUUUUUUUGUUUGUACAUGUUUCGGAUGUUCCUAGAGAAUUGAAGAUUAUUACAUCCUAGCCUAAACAUCCUGCUUGAUGGUCGCGUACAUGGUUUGAACCUAGGUCCAGAACACAUUCCUCAUGACCAGGCUGACAUUCUAAGUCUUAAUGAAUCUGUAUUUCCCAUGGCCACCUAACAUUGCAGACCCAGUUGUGACCUGAAAACACAGAUGAAGCAGUUUUUCAAUGGAUAUCCAUUUAAUUAUCAAUCCCUUGAUCUAGAAAGCUGAUGUCAACAUGUCGCAAAGCAACUUUAGCAAGCAAGACAUUGAAAAGCAAGUACAGCAUGUUAUCUCUGAACUGCAAAGUGGACACGGGUCAGGUCUCUAUGGCGCCCUCAUUACACUGCGUACAACACUGAUCAAGUCCAAGACUGCACUGAGGCAGUUAGUUAAGCUGGGGGUGGUCCCACUGCUGGUAGACGCACUGGAAGAUACAAGUCGACAUGUUGGCCAUGACAAGAUGCAAGAUAUUGUGAUGAGUAUCUUGGGAAAUCUGUGUAUGGAAGAAGUCGUUAGAAAGAAGGUGAUCAACAAUGAUCUCAUUUCAGCAAUAGCUAGAGUUACUCUGUCAUCAGAGCAAGAAAGCAUACAUAACAGAGGAAUCAGAGCCUUGGCCAACCUGGCCCAAGAGGCCAAUCACUGUGAUAAAAUUACUGACCUGGAAAUUCCAGAGUUUGUGGCCAAAUGUCUUAUGACAACUGAAGAUGAAGAAUGUAGAACUACUUACAUCAGGGCUUUAAGAUUGAUGGCUCAGAGAGAGAAAGGUGUGAAGAAGCUAGUGGAAGACACACAAGCUGUUCAAGCCCUAGCAGCACUGCUGAAACUUGACAACAAGAAAAUGAUUCAAAGAAGUGUCAGAGUGCUAUCAGAAAUAUGUUCUGUCAGAUGCUGCAUCAAUUUUUCAGGUCAGAUUCUAGCAGCAAAUAUCUUGGAAGAGUUGGUGAAAUUAGCAGACGAUGAAGACAAUGAUAUCGGUUUCUUUUCUUUCUCCGUUAUCCUCAAGCUCUGUGAGCAGGAACAGAUGCGGCCGGCACUCGGCUCGGCUGGUGUCAUCUCCCUCUUCCUUAAGCACUUGAGUAGUGAGCGGGUGUUUGUCAACAAGGUGUCCACAUUGAAUGCUCUAUGCCUGUGCACUAAAGAAUCUGUUAACAGGGCAAAAAUAAGAGAUGCUGGGGGUCUCGAGCUGUUGGUGUCGGCACUACAGGGCGGGGAGUGUGGCGACUAUGCCAUGUUGUAUGACAGGAUUAUUAGCUCCCUUGUGAACUUUCUGUACAGUGACGACUGCUUGGCAAGACUUCUGAAGCAUGGUCUUGUCAGUGUUCUGAUAGAGCAUCUCCGGCGGUGCUGUCAUUUGGCUUCAAGAGAGGAGCCUCUACGAAAGGAGGUUUAUGUCUUGGCAGACGCGGCAGAAGUCCAGAAGAAAAAGUCUGAUGAAGCAGCUCCAGAACAAAGUGACAGAGCAGACAUUGAAGUCUUAGAGAAUUCUCUAGCACUUGGAGAUUCAAUAAAACCUCAGAAUAUUUCCAGCUUCAGUGAUUUGCAAAUGAAUAGCCCCCAAGGUGAAGGUCAGCCCCAAUGUCUUUUACAAGCAGAAGAUUGCAGCAGUGAAGAUCCUCUUCUUAUUGACAGCAGUCUAGCCACUGACAGUGAAGGGAUUCUUGUAGGAGAAGUAGCACCUGAUGAGCAGAAGAAUGAAGAUCUGCCUACCUCUUUAGCUUCUGAAACCAGGCACACAUUCAGCAUCAACAGCCCCACAUAUCAGAUGGAGAACUCUUGGAGGAUGGAGGAUUAUAUUUCCGGAGUAACAUGUAAAACGUUUGGUCCUGAUCAGGAUCUAAACAGAGUGAUGCCAUUUAAUUCUGUCCCUGUGGUAGAUCCAUACAGUCCACUGAGUGCUGGGACAUCCUAUUACUCGCCAGCAUACUCUUCUCCUUCUAUAAGCAACUCUGUUUCACCACAAAGUUCACCUAGCCACAGUUCACCUAAUUGCGGUUCUCAGCCCGAUGGAACCAGCCCAGCCUGGUCACUUAGUAGCGAACACCAAAGCUACAGAAGUCUUUCUCAGAAUCCAUCACUAAGCCCAUCACCAGCGUGGCCGGCUACUUUCAGCCCACUCCUAUUUCCUGCUUCGCCACUACAGUCAGAGGAGGAACAAGGGAGACUAAGUCCUGCGUUCAGCUCUCAAACAUCUUUAGGGAGUCAUAUCGGCAGCCAGGAUUGGUCAGUCCUAAGUGGGUCCCAGCAAACUGAUCACCUCGGUUCUCAAGACACAGUAUGCCAGAGCUCCCAGCUUGUUGGAGCUGUAACAAGACGUGGAGCGGUUCACGAUGGAUUGGUGUACUCAGCGUCAGAGGAUGAAGAUGAGGAUGAUAUAGCUCUUUCAACUUUUGACGAGGAACCAGUUUUAUCAACAACUCAGCAAGUUGAGUGCACAGACUCACCAUCAAGUCUUUCCAUUCCUCCAUCAAUAUCUGUACAUCAUCUAGACAGCCAAAACAACCUACCGUCUAUACGCAAGAAAAGUGUUGAAAUAACAAAGUCUGAGACUGACUUGCUGCUUGCUGUGAGUUCAAACGAUAAGAACAGCACAGGAGAUAAGAACAAAACUAGGUCACUAAAAGAAUAUCCAUCAACCCUUUCAGAAAAUAAACUUUCUAGCUGUGGCUUUAUGGAUUCAUUGAAAAGUGUCAGCGAUGGUAAUGUUUUGAACUCACCCUCAAAAAACUCAAUCGAUAUUGAACAAACGAAAGGUGGGUCAAAAGAAGGGAGGGAACUCUGUUCCAAAAACGAGGCAUCAAAAAAUGUCAGAACAGCACAGAAGAAAGAAGGAUUUAAAGUCCCUAGAUCAUCCAACACUAGUGACUUUAUGGCAUUGUCCCCCGCUUCUAGCGAUAGCAACUUGCAUGAUACAAAUGUACAUAGUCCUUACAGAUCUCCUUUUCCUGGACUUUGCUAUAGUCCAAAGAAGAAAUCCAUUUUUGAGAGUGUUAAGACUGUAAAGUCAAAAUAUGCGAAAACAUUUAAAAUUUCCAAUAGCAAAACAGCUACAGAUGAAGGUUCUCAGCCUGAGAAGAAAGACAACGCAAAUUUGGACAGAAGAAUGAAAAAGAUUCUUAAGACUUCCGAGCAAAACAUUUUAGUUUUAUUAUCUAGAAUCUCGGUGAAAAAAAACCCAGCUGAAUUUUUUGCAGAGGCUGGUGUCCUGACCUGUCUUUUAGAUUAUGUGAGACUGGCUGAUAUGCCAAUGAAGCGUUGCUGCCGGAUCUUGCACAGAUUAUGCAGCAACCCUCUCAGUUUCCAGAAACUUCUUCUACUCCAGGUACCAGCUCUACUGGUGAAACUACUGGUGCUUGAGGAGGACGGCACAUUUCCAAGUGUCAUGUUUUGCGCAGAAUUGACCAAUCGGUUUGGGCUAGUGCAGCGCAGCAGAAUGAACCUGAGUGACUUUCAUCUGACCUCCUCACAAAGCUCCGAGGAUGCUGGCUCUCAGAGGUCUGAGAUGGGUAGACUGAUGGAUCUUGAGUUUGGGGGGGAUGCCUACAGUAAGAUGAUGUCAACUUCCAAGUCUUCCAGGCAUGGCUUUUUUAACUGGGACCAGCCCUCCGAAGGCAGUCACUCAGCAAGGAAUGAUUACACAGGAGAGGCGAUCUAUGAGCCAGGGUGCAGUCGAUCAGAGGUCAGAGUUCAGUUAGGUCUUAAGUUACUGCAGUCAUUCUGUUCAGUGGCCAUGUCCAAUUUUGGCCGGGGAGAGAUUAGUCAUAUUCUGUCCAGCCCACUGCCCCAACAGAGGCUGGCCUGUCUCAUCAGCUUACUCUAUCUGUCCAUAGGAAGCAAACAUAAUCCAACACGCAAAAGUUUCCUGCAGCAGUACCAGCUCUGGGAACAACUGAUACCGUACCUGUUCCUCCCUGUAGCUGCUUCUGCCCGGGAAGCUAUCAUUUCUGGCAUCAGUUUGAACUUGCAUCUUGAGAAUCCACCUAAACUUGUGAUGAAAAUGGCAAAGCUUGAUACUUGUCCUGACCUGUUUAACAAAUCUGGAACUCCUGAUUUAUUGACAGAUUGUCCUUCUGAGCAGGAUGUCGCAGCUAACCAGUCAGGGAAGAGACCAAGAAUGGGAAUCAGUAAUUCAUCUGUUAUCACAGAAGCUCAUAAAUCCAACCUUUGCCCCUAUUCUGAUAUGUCGGCUCUGUAUGAUUUACAUUUUGUGAAUUGUGAUAAUCAGGAAGUUACCUAUGGGGUCAACAAACAAAAACUGUCCAGUAAGUCCACCGUAUUUGCGGCCAUGUUAGGCGGUUCAUAUGCAGAAUCAAGAAAGUCGGAGAUAGCCAUAGCUGAAGCCAGCUCAUUCGGUUUCCAGUUUGUCCUACAUUAUUUGCACGGCUGUUCCAGCGGCUGUUCCGUCAUUGACUCUCUUUCACCUGUAGUCCAUACAUCCAGUUCUACAGACAGUAACACAUUCCUUAACUCUCCCAUUGAGAGUUCUGACGCUAAAAUAAAAUCACCAAACAAAGUCAGCCGACCUUGCGAACUAGAAAUGAAAGUAGAAUCAGCACUUCAGGACCAAGAAGCGCCAGUCGACAUUACAGACUCCCAGGACUCCCUCUGUUGCCUCAGUCUGGAGGACAAGUCCUGCAGGUCUGUAUCUCCCUCUCCCCACCCGUCCUUAAUGGAACUGAUUGACAAGUGUGCUGAUAUCCUUGAGGUGGCUGACAAAUACUUGCUGACUGACCUCAUACAGUACGUGUCUUCUGUCUUAUCACACACCUGCUUGCAGCCAGACACCUGUACCAUCAUUUUCCCAUUGGCUUGUUUCUACAAACUGGAGUCGCUAUCCAUUGACUGCAUGAGGGAAACGCUGCUGUCCAAUAUCUCCUGCAAAACUGUUGCUGAUAUUUAUGUAGAUUUAGCUACCUGUGGUUUUAAAGAACCUGUUAGAUUAGCCCUUAUGACUUUAUUCAACAAUGCAUUCCAGAAAUAGAUACAAAGUAUGUGAAUUUGUUAAAUACAGUUUUGAAUGCCUGUUUUGUAGGUAUAGGUCAGUGAUUCCAUAAGGAAGAUUGUAAAAAAAGAAUCACAAGGUAAAACCGUCAAAGAUCUGCUAUUGUUUGAAAACAUUACAAUCCAGAAUAAAGUCAAAACCUUUAUUCAACAAUAGAUUCAAAGUAUGUGAACUUUUUAAAUACCUGUUAUUUGGGUAUAGGUCAGUGAUUCACUAAAGAAGAUGAUAAAAAAAGAAUCAUGUUAAAACUAAGAUCCGCUAUUGUUUGAAAACAUAAACACAUUACAAUCCAGAUUACAGUCAAAACCUGUAAACUUUAAUAAAGUCUGUAAUGGUAUAAAUAUGACAUUGGAUGACUGUCACAUCAUUCAGUAUGUUUCUGGACUGUUGUCUAGAUGGUUUUGUGUUUGAACCUAACCAGCCUCAAUGCUGCACUGCAAGAGGCAUAGGCUAGGACCAUAGACAUGAAUAUAUCUAGGGCUAGAAUAAAAUCUUCAUUUCUGAAGAACGAGUUGGAUCUUAAAGGACAAGGUGAAAAUGUGAUAAUAUGAAAUGUUUUACACAGUAGAAUAGAAACAUAUACCUGGUACAGUAGCAGCAGCCUCUGGCUUGGUGUGUUUUGUUUAAUCAUUUUAAAUUAUUGUCUGUGUUAUUUGUAACGGUAUUUAAGUUGUUGACUGUCUACUGAAGAUUUAUUUUAUUAGAAUAAUUAAUUAUCUGCUGUGGUUAUUAAUUGUUAAACCUCAAAAUGAGAACAAAAAUUUGUUUACUAGUCUGGAAUAAAAUGUGUAAUCAUU